CCGGAAAGUUAACCGUUUCAGCCGACCACUCUCUGCUCGACUCCAGCGAGGCUUCCAAUCCGAGCCGUACAUUUCCUCUAACACCAUCGCCGGCGAUGUCGGAUUCUCUUGCCGGCGGCUCACCAUCCAACCACUCCCUCGCCUUCCGUGUAAUGAGGCUUUGCCGGCCAUCGUUCCAGGCGGAGGACUCCGUUUUGCGCCUUGACCCCUUUGAUUUACUCGCGGGAGAGGAUCUAUUCAACAACCCCGGCGUAUCCUCUACCAUCAUCGACCAAGCCGUUGGCGGCCCAACUUCAUUCGCUGCUGGCGAAGGAGGAGACGAUUUUAGCUUCCGCGGCCGAUUCCAGCUUCAGAACCCUAGUGAUGCUAUAGCUCUACCCGGAUUCCUCAUUCUACCUCAGUCCUUCGGUGCAAUAUAUCUCGGAGAGACCUUCUGCAGUUACAUCAGCAUAAACAACAGCUCCAGAUUUGAGGCGAGGGAUGUAGUUAUUAAGGCAGAAAUUCAGACAGAAAGACAAAGAAUAUUAAUGUUGGAUACAUCCAAGUCACCUGUUGAAUCUAUAAGAUCGGGGGGAAGAUACGAUUUCAUCGUGGAACAUGAUGUUAAGGAACUAGGAUCUCACACGCUUGUUUGCACUGCGCUCUACAAUGAUGGUGAUGGGGAGCGUAAAUAUCUUCCACAAUUUUUUAAAUUUGUUGUUGCUAAUCCCCUUUCAGUUAGAACAAAGGUUCGCACUGUGAAGGAGAGUACUUUUUUGGAAGCAUGUAUUGAGAACCACACAAAGUCAAACCUUUAUAUGGAUCAAGUUGAGUUUGAGCCAGCACAAAAUUGGAGUGCAUCAAUUUUGAAAGCUGAUGAUAACAUCUCUAACAGCAAUGCCCAGACAAGUGAAAUAUUCAAGUUGCCUCUUCUUAUAAGAGCUGGAGGAGGAAUAUUUAAUUAUCUCUAUCAGUUAAAACAAUCAUCACAGGAGAGUGGACAAGUGAAGGUUGGUGGAAGCAAUAUUCUUGGUAAACUUCAGAUCACUUGGCGCACAAAUUUGGGGGAACCAGGACGCUUGCAAACCCAGCAAAUUAUUGGCACACCUCUCAUUCAGAAGGACAUUGACUUAAAAGUUGUUGCAGUGCCAUCUCCCAUCAUCCUUGAGAGGCCAUUUAUGGUGAGCUUAAAACUUUCAAACCAGUUGGAUAGAACUGCUGGCCCUUUUGAAGUUACGAUAUCUCAAGGAAGUUCCAGUUUACCAAAGGUUGUUAUGAUUGAUGGUAUCCAGAAAGUGGUACUUCAGCCAUUGGAGGCUUACAGUUCUACAGAGUUUAGCUUGAACAUGAUUGCCAUUAGAGCGGGUGUUCAGAAGAUCUCAGGAAUCACAAUUUAUGAUACAAGGGAAAGUAGAAUAUAUGAUCCAUUACCAGAUGUUGAGAUUUUUGUGGAUUCAGAUUGAAUUUUGUGGAUGCUUGCUUCUUGAUGAUAAAUCUUGAGAGGAGUAGAUGUUUUUCCACCAUGUAUUUGUUAAUUUCCUGCAAGCAAUCAACUGAAUUCCAUUUAAUGUGAUAAAGCCUUUAUUGAGGUGAUAGUAGGCUUGCAUUAUUCAAUUUUGUAUCUAAUCUAUUGCACAAGUUCUAUUGUCUAAGGGCUUCAUUUGGGAUGGAUAACUUUCUUAGUAUUUUGUUUUUCAGGCCGCAAUAACAAUUUGUGUUUGGCCACAGCUUUUUUACUGUUUUCAAUAAAUUAGUGUUAUGAAGCUACUUUCUGUAACAAUUUUAAAAAAAUAUAUUUUUUUCAUGGGAUCUU